CUAGAGGAUUUAUUUUUAGUGCUUUAUUUGAACAUUCAGUUUACAGUGUGGUACAACCAAAAUAGAUCAUAACAAUAAGAUAUUAAGAAAUAUAAGUAAUAGUUAAAGAAAACACAAACACGACCAUAGCUCAAAACAGAAGUAGAAUUAGACAGUAACUUAAAGAAAGAAAGAGGGUAUUACCCAAGUUUAAAAGAAAAUUACACAUCAUAGUGUCCUAGAGGAAGCAUCUACGUGUGCAGCGCUUGUGACGUCACUGGGUCUGAAUGCAUGUAUGUUGGAGUCGACUCCGAUUCGGAUUCAAUAGUCUUAGAAUCGAUGCACGGUUCAAGAGGAAAUGUUUUGUAAUAUCAAUUAUGAUGCACCUAAUGCGCUGUUGAUGUUGUUAUUGACGUCAUUAUGCAUGACACUGCCUGAUAGAUCUAUCUUUUGAUAAAUCUGACCGCUUUGGAAUUUGUCACUUUUGUACAUAUGAUGUGCGUUUAUUUCUUUUAUAUAUUUAUUUAUUUUUUUAUGUCGUACGUGUUUACAUUGUAUGUUUCCAAAGAAAAUACGAGCACACUGCUCCUAUUUAUGAUAUACGUAUUUACAUUAUGCUUACCAGCGAGACUUACCAUUCGACUCACUUUGGGCUGAAUCGAUUCCAAAAUUCUAGAAUCGACUCCCUCCACCCCGAAUCGACUCGCAGUCCUGUACGUCACGCAAGAAGGUACAAAACAAAGAUGUCAAACUUGUCUCUAAGCGAAGGGGCAGGAAAAUCAGUAAAUAUUAUCCUUUGGAAUAUGUGUACACGUUCUAGAUCGUGUAUACGUUUUCUGUAAAUAUUAUUUACACGGUUGUAUUUAGUAUGUACUUGGCAUAUUCAGCCCUCGAGCUAAGUUUAUACGAGAAUCGUUAGGACUCGGCGGUUACUUUGGCGUUAUUUUAAAAACACGUUUAUUUACCGUGUUAGCGCCUGGUACGAACAGGGGCGGGUUUUGGUGAGAAAUGAAACACUAAACGAUGUGAGUAAGCAGCUCUGGACUUUACUGAGUCAUCUUUUCUUUUCUGGUGAUAAAGAAGAAAAUUACCGGCACGAGCUGCGGUUCUGACCCGACACCAUCAGCGCGUGACGCUCGAUCUCCUUCGCUAGGCUGAGUAAGCUGAGUAAACCCCGCCUCCUGACUACCUCCAUUGGCUCGUUUUUUGGAAAAAUGACGGCUAAUAAACCCAAAGCGCCGAACUCUCUGGCCCUCCACAAAGUGAUAAUGGUGGGCAGCGGCGGAGUGGGCAAAUCCGCGCUCACGCUCCAGUUCAUGUACGACGAGUUUGUGGAAGACUACGAGCCCACUAAAGCUGACAGCUACAGGAAGAAAGUGGUGCUGGAUGGAGAGGAGGUGCAGAUCGAUAUUCUGGACACGGCAGGGCAGGAAGACUACGCUGCCAUUCGGGAUAACUACUUCCGCAGCGGAGAGGGCUUCCUCUGCGUGUUCUCCAUCACCGAAUCGGAGUCUUUCGCCGCCACUGCUGACUUCCGAGAGCAGAUCCUCCGAGUGAAGGAGGACGAGAACGUGCCCUUCCUGCUGGUCGGAAAUAAGUCGGACCUGGAGGACCGGAGGCAGGUGGGAGCGGAGGAAGCCAAAGCCCGAGCCGACCAGUGGGGCGUCAGCUACGUAGAGACGUCCGCCAAAACCCGGGCCAACGUGGACAAGGUGUUUUUCGACCUCAUGCGAGGAAUCCGCGCCAGGAAAAUGGAGGAGGGCAAGGAGAACGGGAAAAACACCAGGAAGAGCUUUAUGAAGAGGAUUCGGGAGAGAUGUUGUAUUUUAUAAUGACUGAGUGUUUGUUUGGUUUAGUUUUUUUUGCGCUGUGAUGUCACUUCCUACCAUUUUCAAAUGUCUUGUCUAAUUACAGCUUGUUUAAUUUGACUUCUUUUUUUGAAGGGUAACAAGGGACAGAAAAUCAGGUAUGUGCACGUGUACUUGGAACAAGUCUUGAUGAUCAUGAGACUGAUACGAAGCUAUUACUUUUCAUUAUUUAAAUGUACAUAGGUCGAGUCAUAUGACACUAAUGUGUUUUUGUGUGUGCGCGCGCGUGUGUGUGUGUGGUUUUUCAAGCACACUAAGGGCCCAGUACUACCGCUUCACACUUGGCAUUUUUUCCCUAACGUCAGCACACACUUAACAUUUACUCCUACAGGAAGUUGACGCAAGGCAAUGUUUCUUGGUCAUCUUCCAUAAAAGCGCAAAGAGGCUUUUUUUUUUUUUUUUUUUUAAACUUCAAGGAGGAUAAAGUGCAGGAGGAUGGGGAAAAAAAAAAGCAAUCUUGUUGUCGAGUGAAUGUAAAGAAUAGAAUGGAAAAUAUUUCCUUUCUAAUUUUCCAGUGUGUCGAUUUCACCGGUACAUUUCACAGUUCUCCGCCUCCAAAGCUACAACAAAAUCAAACAACUUCCUCAGCACCAGCGUUACACUAGUCUUUAUUUCAUCUUUAUUUCUCUAACCCUAUUUCAUUUUCACAAAAUGUAAUCAGUUCAUCAGGAGGUAGCAAGUAUACAGAUCCUGUAUUUAACCACUUAUUUCUUUAGGUAAUACACUAGAAUUUCUUUACGGCUAAAAUCCCAGCUAGCCAGAAACCAGGCCUCGAGGUCUCGAACGCAUACUUAACGUCUCUGUAUGACGAACAGGAAGGACGCUAUUCGGGGAAAAAAAGCCAAGUGUGAACACAGCCUUAGUCUGCUGCACGGGUUUGGGUUCUGCGUGCGCUUUAGAGAAACGUAAGGAGGAUGCUCUAUACCUAAGCUUUUAAAAAGGCCGGAAGCUUUCUAGCUGGAAAACCUAUUCUCCAAACGCAAGUUCGAGCCGUCACGAGGUCAAGGUUACAGGUGACGUGCGAACUCGAUAAAGAUCAGCCAACUAAAACGAGUGCCUUGGCUUAAGAAAUCACUAAACCACUAAAAGGAACUUUAAGAUGUGACACAAAUGAACGUUUCAGGCAGAUCACCUAUUACAAGUUUCUCCUCGCUCGCACACGCUAGAUUGGACAGUCGUGGAUCGCCACAUCGCCGCGUCCAGAGCCGAGCUUUUCAAAAGCGUACUUACCUCAGAUCACUGAACGAGGUUAACAACCUUAACACUACAUACGUACUGUACAUAAAACUUCAUUCAAUGAAAUAGAUCCUCUGGAAACAGUACACACUUGCUGGGUCUCAAAGGGGUUAGUGGUGGAGAUCGCAAGCAAGCCUGAUCAACGCUAUUAAGCGCUAUUGGUCCGUUUGACCGAAUCGUUUUAAUCCGAACCUCAACGACUGAAAAACAAACAGAAUAUCUGUCCCUACACUAGGCCAAUGCCAAUUUAUUCAUAAGUUAUUAUAUAUAUGUGUGCGCAAUCUGAGGCACAUGCAAAGAAAUGCUGUAAAGCAAAGUUCCCUUCAAAAAUAACACAUUCCUACAUAAAAAAAAAUCUACUAAAGUAAUCAACUAAAAGUCGAUAUUCCAUGUGACGUUUGAAAAAUGCGACAGCAGUCCCCGGUAGAAUUUGUGCAGUUUCAUGAGGAAAUUAUCUGGCGAGUUUUACCGAGCGUCUUCACGGUUCUUCCGGAGACUCCGUCUGUCCGUCUAGAUAACGCCUGAAAGCGUCCGUUGUUCUUUUAUCUGAAAAGUGGUGUUUUUAUGUAACGUUACUUUCUUCACUCACGUACAAAAAAAAAAGAGAUACUUCUGUAGUAUGCAAUAUUCUGUUGGAAACCUUUAAAAAAUUUGGAAACUAACAUCAGUGUGACGUGACUUACAGAAAUGUACAUAAUACCGACGCUAGCUAAAAGAGUAAACACGUACCGACUGAUAUUUUUAAUCAUUCACUCUCAUCAUUAGCCGCUUUAACCAAAUCUUAUUCUUUAAAGUGUACUUGAUGGUUUUUUUUUGUUUUUUUGGUCGUCUUCUUUUAUUUAUGCAAUGGGGGGAAAAAGCUGUUUCUUUUCUCCGGUUCCAUAAUUAUUGUGUGCAGACUUUCAAAGCUGCAUCAGAUGAGCUUCUAAUGAAUUAGAAAGAAAGACCUCAAAACAUCCUCAUUUCAUGACCUCAACAGACUGAUCUGGAUUUGAAUGAACUUCUAAUCUAUAUCUAUAUAUCUAUAUCUAUAUAUAUAGCUACGUAUGUCAUGUGGGUCCGUUGUAAUGCUGUCUUCAUUUGAAUGAUUUGAACGGUCGUUUCCUGCUAACUGCAAUUCAUUAACGGUCCUGUAUCGCCAGCCACGAUGGCACGCGCGCGUGUAUUGUUCCUGUAACCCGCGGAUUGAACGUUUUCUAGCGUAAUAACCAACUUCGCCCUGUGAUUACCGCUACAUGGGGUCAUGACGCCGAAACACAACGUGCUCUGCUGAAGCCCUGGGGUACUUUUUUUUGUUCUCAAAAUAAUUGUUAAUUAACGCAUCUGUCAAACCCAGAGUCAAAAUAAUGAAAUACAAGAGAUUUUAUUA